AUGAAGCCACGCGUCGCACGCAUCAAGCCUGACCAGCUGCUGUUCCGCCUCACUGCCAGAAGCCGCACAGUACAGCCAGCAUCAUCCUUCCUGCGCAACUUUUUCACCUCCACCUUACCCACGGCCCCCCUGCGCUCCGUCAAUGAGACCAUCGAGCGAAGCGCCCUCUCUCUUUUCCGCUACCAGCGCCCCGCCCUCGCCCGCCGCUUCCGCUCCCUUCGCUUCAAGAGUGACAGGCCCAACGCCCAGUCGCACAACCCCACACCCCACUUAGGUAGCCCAGAGCCAGCUCCUUCUGUAUCACAGCGGCUCAAGAAGCUUUCUCGCGAGUAUGGCUGGACCGCGCUUGCCGUAUACUUGGGCCUGUCCCUCCUCGACUUCCCCCUCUGCUUCUUAGCAGUGCGCCUGCUUGGAACCGAUAGAAUUGGCCACUAUGAGCAUGUGCUGAAGGAUGCGCUCUGGAGCGUGGUGCGCCUAGCUUUUCCCAACGCGGGUAGAAAGCCAGCCGAAGCAGGUGUAGAUGAAGGCGUUGCAGAAGCCACUGACAGAGACGGUUAUGUGGAAGCUGGAAGGGCUGCUGGACACAAUGGUGGCGCAAACGCUUCAAUCUGGACCCAACUUGGUCUAGCUUACCUUGUUCACAAGUCUCUAAUCUUCUUCCGCGUGCCACUGACUGCCGCCGUACUACCCAAGGUCGUAAAAACCCUGAGGAGCUGGGGAUAUAAUAUUGGCACGAGGAAGCCUAGAUCCCCACCCGCCUAA